CCGAAUGCAGUCAGGGAGCCGGGAAAGCGGCGGCGACGCCCCGCCCCUAAGCAGGAGCCAAUCCUGAGAAGCCGAGGGACGACCCCGGAAGCGAGGUUCGCGACAGCGAUGUUUCCCUUCUUUAAGAUCUUGGUGGAUAAAAUAAAGCAGACAUAAUUCAUCUCUAGAAAGAUUAUUUAUACCCUGGCAUUUGAAAUGUUUUAUAUUUAGUGUCAUAGGAAAAAUGGAAAAAGGGAAAGUAAAUAGUGAUGGAAAACCAGACCCAGAAAAUUCCCUGGACUUUUCUGAACACUUUAACCAGCUUGAAUUGUUGGAAACACAUGGGCACCUUAUUCCCACUGGUACCCAAAGUCUCUGGGUAGGGAAUUCUGAUGAAGACGAGGAACAAGAUGAAAAAACUGAAGAGUGGUAUCAAUUGCAAGAAAAAAAGAUGGAAAAAGAUCCAAGCAAAUUGCUUCUUUGGGCCGCAGAAAAAAAUCGGCUUACUACAGUGCGGAGACUACUGUCUGAAAAGGCCACCCAUGUCAACACUAGAGACGAAGACGAAUAUACCCCUCUCCAUCGAGCAGCCUACAGUGGACACUUAGAUGUGGUACGCGAGCUGAUUGCACAAGGGGCAGAUGUCCACGCGGUGACUGUGGAUGGCUGGACACCGCUGCACAGUGCUUGUAAGUGGAAUAACACCAGAGUCGCUUCUUUCUUACUCCAGCAUGAUGCAGAUAUCAACGCCCAAACAAAAGGCCUCCUGACCCCCUUACACCUCGCCGCUGGGAACAGGGACAGCAAAGAUACCCUGGAGCUCCUCCUCAUGAACCGCUACAUCAAACCGGGUCUGAAGAACAACUUGGAAGAAACGGCCCUUGAUAUUGCCAGGCGGACAAGUGUCUAUCACUACCUCUUUGAAAUUGUGGAAGGCUGCACAAAUUCUUCACCUCAGCCAUAACAGUUCUAAUAAUCCUCUGAAGUUUCCAAGUACCAGUGCCUCCUUUGUGUGAGAUAGGACAUAUGCCCAUGAUACAAAGUUGACAUCAAAAGUUUUGCGACAGAAAUUCAGUGGUACACAUUCGAAUGCCCUUCCCAGUGAAAUGCCUAACCUUGAUGUCAAAAUGUAUUUGAAAGUUGUUUGGAUAUACCUUUACUGAUCUAUGUGGACUUUGUAAUUUUUAUCAGAAAUAAUUUUAAUACGCUUCUACUUAACAACUUGUAACAGGUUGUACAGAAAAACUAAUGAUAUUUUUGGUGCUGAUCCAAGAGAAGUGUAUUUUUAAAUACCCCCGCCCCAUCCUGGGUCUUCAUGCAGUAUUUAGUAUAUUGACAUGUAUUUUUAUAAGGUGAGGUAACUCAGAAUUUAAUUGAAAAAUCUCAAGUAUACUGGUGCAGUUCAGCCGUCUUCUCCACAUCACGAUAGCCAUUUGCUUUCAUUUUAAAUGGUAAGAACUCACUUAUUAGUGACUUGAAUGGUCACAAGUUUAAAAAAACAUUAAAGAAGCUUAGAUCUUUAUCUUUUAGAGUGUAGACCAUUUUCAACAAAGUAGUUAACUGAAGUGUUUAGCCCGUGAAUGUUACAUAACUGCCUCCACAACCACAGUUCACACAAUCCUGUGGAUGGCCCUACCUCACCCUGGUCAACCCACACGAUCCUUCUUCCAUUGGUUGAGUAGGUGUGACCUUUCAGACAUGUGCACAACUCUACCUUGGUCCAAGUGAUCGUACUAUAUGUGCUCACCAACUGGUUUUACCUGCCUAAUCCUGUUGUUUGGGGGCACUGGCUCAGAUGGUCUCUCUAGUUCACAGGAAAUCUCGGUUUUCCAAGGUCCUCCUUUUAUAUGAAUCCUACAAAGGCAAAGAGACGAGGGAAAAGGAAUUCGAAGAGUGAAAGGAUGAUGAUUAUAUUGGGGCUAGAUUAUAAGUGGCUCAGGUUUUAAAAAAGCCACAGUGUGGAUAGUGACACAAGCAUAAAUAGAAAUAUUCAGAAAAAAAUAAAAGUUUUGAACAACAAAAAUGA